GUUCUGCUCUGCUGUUCUGCGCACCACCGCCGAGGUAGCGCUCAGGUCACGGCGAGAGCCACAGCGGCAGCGUCUUGUACGGGAGCGUCACCGCGCCGUCUACAACUGCACGUAAACCGCCCAGGACUCUCAUGAAACUUCGCCGCCCCUCCUCAAUGCUCCUCCUCUAGCCGGUUCUUCCUCUCCGAUCCCCCCCACAAAGGCCAAAUCCGUCCCUCCCCAUCGCCCACGCGUUCCUCCGAGGGGACGGCGUCGGCGACGGGGCACAAUCGGAGCGAACCAGCUCCUACUGGUGGUACCUGACGGGCGUGGAUCGAUUUCUUCCUUUCGUCGAAAUUGAGGAUCACAGCAUAAGACAAGCAAAUUGAGCCUGUCCUUCCUAUGUGAGAUUGUUUUGAUUUCAAGUAUGGCUUUCGCGCAAUGCAAAAACUGACUGGGAAAAAGCCUAACUUGUGUUGACGGAAUGGUGCAAAGCCAUAUUUUCCUUUCUAGUAUUAAUUUCAACAAUCUACCAAGUCUUAAGACAUCCAAAUCGUGAAAUUGAGGAGCACAGCAGUAACACGAGCAAAUUCAGCCUCUGUUCCUAUGGAGGAUCGUGUCGAUUUCAAGUAUGAUGGUGUCAGUGACGGAGAACAGCGUAAGGGAGGGCAUGGCAUCCCAAAGGUUUCCAUGGUCCCCCUCGUCUUUCUCAUAUUCUAUGAAGUCUCAGGGGGUCCCUUUGGGAUUGAAGAUAGUGUCAAGGCUGCUGGACCGCUCCUAGCAAUUUUGGGUUUUCUUCUGUUUGCGUUCAUAUGGAGUGUUCCAGAAGCCCUAAUCACUGCUGAGAUGGGCACUAUGUUCCCUGAGAAUGGUGGCUAUGUUGUCUGGGUCUCUUCAGCUCUUGGACCCUUUUGGGCUUUUCAGCAAGGCUGGGCGAAGUGGCUUAGUGGGGUCAUAGAUAAUGCUCUCUAUCCGGUCCUUUUUCUUGACUAUGUCAAGUCCAGUGUUCCAGCUCUCGGUGGCGGGCUUCCAAGGACUUUUGCGGUGCUUAUCCUCACAGUUGCCCUUACCUACAUGAACUACAGAGGAUUAACAAUAGUUGGCUGGGUGGCAGUCUUUCUUGGGGUGUUCUCUCUGCUCCCUUUCUUUGUAAUGGGAUUGAUAGCUAUUCCACAGAUUGAACCUUCAAGAUGGUUUGAAAUGGACCUGGACAAUGUGAAUUGGGGAUUGUAUCUGAACACUCUGUUCUGGAACCUCAACUAUUGGGAUUCAAUCAGUACAUUGGCUGGAGAGGUUGAGAAUCCAAAGAGAACCCUCCCGAGGGCACUUUCUUAUGCUCUAGUUUUAGUAGUUGUGGGAUACCUCUACCCUCUGAUCACUUGUACAGCAGCCCUUCCAGUGGUUCGAGAGUCCUGGACGGACGGAUAUUUUUCAGAUGUUGCAAAAAUUCUUGGUGGUUUCUGGUUGCAUUCGUGGAUUCAAGCUGCUGCUGCCUUGUCAAACAUGGGCAACUUUGUUACUGAAAUGAGCAGUGAUUCUUACCAGCUUCUGGGGAUGGCUGAGCGUGGCAUGCUCCCCGAGUUCUUUGCCAAGAGAUCACGCCACGGGACCCCGCUGAUCGGCAUCCUGUUCUCUGCAUUAGGUGUGGUCCUGCUGUCCUGGAUGAGCUUCCAGGAGAUUAUUGCCGCAGAAAACUACCUAUACUGCUUCGGGAUGAUAUUGGAGUUCAUUGCCUUCAUCAAGCUGAGGAUAACCCACCCAAGCACCUCCCGACCUUUCCGUAUCCCGCUGGGCACGGUGGGCACUGUCGUGAUGAUCAUCCCCCCGACCAUUCUGAUCGUCGUUGUGAUGGCCCUGGCGUCCUUCAAGGUGAUGGCCGUGAGCAUCCUGGCGGUGCUCGUGGGGUUCGCGCUGCAGCCAGGCCUCGUGUAUGUGGAGAAGAAGCGGUGGCUGCGGUUCUCCGUCAGGGAGGACCUACCCACUCUGCCGGACUCCUCGCCUGUUGCCACCGAAGAGGAGACCACCUCCCUUGUGGUCUGAGGUAUGCAAAGUGUAAUCUACAACAGGAACAUGCUGAUGGAAGGCACUGGAUUUUGAAGUUGCUUCUCUUUUCUCCAAUCACCAUGACUUUUCUGAAAUCCAGUGAUUUUGAGCCUGCCUCUCGCAUAAUGUCACCAUAUAUGCUGUUGUAUACCGCCAUGUUGUCAUCAGAAAGAAAUAGAGCAUGGUUGACCGAAAUUACAAAUACUAAGGCUCUGAUAGUCUAAUCUCACGUCUGAUUUUAGUUUAGGGGAAUCUCACCUCUGAUAGGAAGAUAACGUUAGAUGCCGGAUUAACUGAGAAUGAUGUGGGUUUGGGUUGCUUAGUGGAGAAGAGGUGGUUGGUAGCCAGAUUAAUUGCUGGGAUAUCGAGCAAAUGACAAAGCCAAUGCUAAACCAUUUGAG